AUGGUAGACUUUGUGGUGGUGCUCACAAGAUGUCAGACCCAGUAUGCAGAAGCAAAGAAAGCAUCGGAUAAAGUCGUCAAGGUUCCGGAGAUGGCAGAAUCUAUAUCGGAAGGCACUCUCAAGCAAUGGUCAAAACAGAUUGGAGACUAUGUGGAGCAGGACGAAGAAAUCGCAACAAUCGAAACGGAUAAGAUUGAUGUUGCCGUAAAUGCGCCCGAGCCAGGUACCAUCAAGGAGUUCCUUGCGAAUGAGGAAGACACAGUCACAGUGGGGCAAGAUCUUCUAAAAUUGGAGCUUGGGGGGCCUCCGAAGGGCGGUGAGAAGCAACAAGGAAGCCAGAAACCGAAAGCGCCAGCGCCUGACGAGCAGUCAACUUCAUCUGAUCCUGAGCCACAGAAAGAUGAGGGGAAAUCAGAGCAAGAGUCGCCGCCUCCUCCGCCCUCUUCUGAGAAGGAGUCAGAACCAUCGAAGCAGGAGAGCAAGCCUAGUCCGCCCCCAAAGGAACCCUCCAAGCACAAAGAGCCGUCACCCAAGCCUCAGGAGUCGAAGAAGCCAGAGCCUAAGUCAAAGGAUACGGCACCCUUGGGUAAUCGGGAAGAACGUCGGGUAAAAAUGAAUCGCAUGCGCUUGCGCAUCUCCGAGCGUUUAAAACAAUCUCAGAAUACCGCAGCUUCUCUGACAACGUUCAAUGAAGUAGACAUGUCGAACCUUAUGCAGUUCCGAAAACUAUACAAGGAUGAAGUGCUUAAGAAGACGGGUGUUAAGCUUGGCUUCAUGAGCGCUUUCUCCCGUGCCUGCAUUCUGGCGAUGAGAGAUAUUCCCGCCGUCAAUGCCUCCAUCGAGGGCCCAGGUGGAGGUGACACGAUAGUCUACAGGGAUUACGUUGACAUCAGUGUGGCCGUAGCUACUGAAAAGGGACUAGUAACUCCUGUGGUGCGUAAUACGGAGACGCUGGACUUGGUUGGCAUCGAAAAGGAAAUUGCCGAGCUGGGAAAGAAGGCCCGUGAUAACAAGUUGACCAUCGAGGAUAUGGCUGGGGGAACGUUUACCAUAAGCAAUGGAGGUGUCUUCGGCUCGUUGAUGGGAACACCAAUCAUCAACUUACCGCAGACUGCGGUUCUCGGUUUGCACGCCAUAAAGGAGAAGCCAGUUGCGGUUGAUGGCAAGGUGGAGAUUCGCCCAAUGAUGUAUCUCGCGCUUACGUACGAUCACCGACUGCUAGAUGGCAGAGAAGCGGUCGUUUUUCUUGUCAAGGUGAAAGAAUACAUAGAGGACCCAAGAAGGAUGCUGCUGGGUUAG